AUGGCUGCUGCUGAAGAAGCCGUUCCUUUGGGCGAUGAUGUUGAAGACCAAUUCUUUUGUACACCAGAAUCCCCCAAAGAAGAUGACGAGUUGCAAGCCUUCUUCUCCUACAAUGGUCCCAGAGAUGAACAGAAUGGCCUAAACCCUUCAUCAGUUUCAGACCCAGGCCCACAACAGAUGCCAGCGGAUGAUGUGAAGGCCCUCGAACCGCCUGAAGACUCCACCUCACGUACGUUUACAUCCUUCGGCGAAAGUGGCACAACAGCAAGUGUCAGUGCGUAUGGAGACAUCAUGCAGAUUACGAAGUACUUCGGAGUCGGCAAGUCCGGGUUCUUCUGCGUAGAUCUACCAGAUCAAUCGGAGCCGUGGUUUGUUACUGGGCGCGCCUGGAAUCUCUUGGACUAUUCCACAGACGACCAGCAAGGAAUCGGGGUUCUUCUACCGGAGUAUUGGAAGGAGAAACCUCGUCUUGAUUUCGUUCACGAUCGCUGGCCACGCUACCGAGGAGAAACGGAGCACUUGUCCAUUUCCAUUCAGUACACCGUCCGCGACGGUGUGGUUAUCCAGAAGUACAAUAUCCAAAAGAUGUCUAAGAGCUCUGUCACAUUUGCGGUCCAUAAUAAGGGUGUGGCAAUUCGGCAAAUGGAGUGGUUGGAUGCUGCAAACCAAUUCAACAUGCAAGACCCUUCGGACACCUCUACAGAAUAUCAGGACGGCGAGCAGCCAAGCACUUACAGGCCACCUUACCAAGUUCUCUGUGGAUUGGAUAAGCGUAGCUUAAAUGUGAUUCAUCAUUUUGAUGGCUUGGUCAAAGAAAUAGAAGAACAAGAAGAGAAGGCACCUCACUGGCCGAGUGAAGAAUCGCAGGCUCAACCAUCUAACCAUAGUGAGAUUUCGGCACGUCAUUCAGAUGCUACUGGACAGAAAGAUGAUGAAGGCUCGGACAGUGUCAGUCAUAGAAAGGAAGGAACCUCCAUCUCCAAUGGGUCAAGAGAGCCGGAAGCUGUUGGCCUGGUAAUAGCAGUCUUCGUAAACGGCAAGGCGCAGCAAUUUGAAGACAACGGCAGCAUGUCUCUUCAUAUGCCUGAAGACUCAGAGUCUCUGGAUAUUACGAUUGCAUAUCGAUUACAGCUAUUGAGCUCCCACAGGAAUGGGUGGAAAUCGUCACUCAUAUCCGCUUCUGAGAUAUGCAGACCUCCGCUGUAUCGGACACGAAACCACAGUCCAGUUUCUUUAUCUCAGAACCGUCACCUUGAUUUUAUCAUAAGGCGCAACCUAGAGCAUAUCCUCGGUGUUUGCGCAAUCAACACCGCGACGAAGUUCUUAUGGGACCCUGAAUCACAACUCUUUGUGGAGUCCGUCUCAGAGGUUCCAGCCUUCGCGCUGACCUGUGGUGAUUUUGCGGGGCAUUACAUUGCAUCAUCUGCGAGUUUGAAGCCGGCCAUGGGAAACACGUCAAGGAAAGAGUCGAUGCUGUAUUUGAAGGAGCAGCGUGACCGCAUUUUCAACGUCUGCAAAGGCCACCUGACCUGGGUAUUCGAACAUGCCUGGAAAGACGGUAAAGUACACUUUGAAGGAAAUCAUUGGGCGUCUGGCAGCCCAAUCGUCUUUCCUUCCCAUUGGUCCAGCGGACGCAGGUCACCUCCAUCCUUGGCCGAUACUCCCUUUCAGAUCAUCAAGGCCUUCGAGUUCGCAAAGUGUUGGUCUGAUGAUGAAAACCCCAAGCAGCCAUUAAAUAUGCAUGACGAAGCUCAUGGUCGAGAGGCCAGUCGGCAAAUCCCAGCCAAUCCGGUAACCAUUGAACAGAGCACAAAGCCGGAUCAUGGAAGUGAGGACCACGCUGGCGACAAAGCACCGGAUCUCCCGGGGCCUACUUCUGCACAAGGUCAAGAAAUUGGCAAAAUCCUACAACCCGAACCAGAUCAGUCAGCGACUGAACUAAGCAAUAGUGAGAACAAGACUGCAGCUGAGUUCAAUGCGUUGGAAUUUGCCAAGUCUUUGGUAAAGAGCAAGGUGCAGCCUUGGAUCAAUGAUCUGGCCUUGAAGAACAAACGCAUGCGGUUUGCUUUUAGCCGCUCUACGGAGAACGGUGUCAGUAACUUUCGUUUGGAAGACCACGUAUGGAUUUGGAUGGCGUUGAGGUGCCUCGAAGAGUUUGAAUUCGACGCAGAAUUGAAACCUGCUUCAUCGCCACUUCUGGGCCACGAACAGAGCAGGAAGAUUACCUCGAAGGAUGCUCAAAGGAAUAUGUUAAGACGGUUUACUCUUGAGGAAACUUUCUUGAAGCAACGACUGCUGGCAACCUCCCGGACGGUCAGGGAAAGUAGAUUCCUGUUUCGAUCCCGAGACACAGCCUUGUUCUACGCAAUGAAGCAGGGUUUCUUUGGUUCUGACCAAUCCAAGAUGGCGCCACCAUGGAUUAACUCAAUCGAGACACAGAAGCUUCACGAGCAUAACGACGAUGCCCAGUGGGAGAAUCCACUGAGAUAUGGGUUAGCAAUGGUUAUGAGUUCCAAUCGACGGUGGCAAAUGAACCACAAGCCAGCGAACCGAAUGUUUUCCGAGGCUGCCAUGGUUUUGCUAUAUAGCGCGCGGUCGAAUGGCCUAUUUCUUGGAGAAUUCGACCAAGAGACCAAAGAGCCGGCGAUGUUCUCCGAGCAGUAUUAUCGAAACUCUUACUGGAACACAUGUUUUGAGCUUCCAUAUAUUCUCUGGGUGUAUGGGAAACCGUCUUUGGACAAGACCCCUGGAAUAAAGCCAAGGCUGCCCGUUGAGAAGAAGGGCAGAAAAUCAGGCGAUCGUCUUCAAGCGGCUCAAUCGACAGCAACGUACGUACACGAAGGCGUCCCUGCAAGCCCAGUACAGCCCCUCGAUGGUACGACCGAAGGUGUUUCCCAUAUCAGAGGCGAGUCGGAGAUUCAGAGCAAGCCGGAGUCGAGCGCCCAGAAGAGAGCUCGAGACACACAGGCCGCCAUAGACGCAUUGACAGUCAAGAAAACCAUGCCAUUCAAUGACUUCAUUGAUCAGAAAAGUGUCGUAGAACCGUCAGAUGAUUGGUUGUACAGCUUUCCUGAUUUCCUGGACUUUGACCCCGAAGUCGCAACCUGGGACAACAUCAAGCCCAAAGUUACAGGGCUUUUGGAUCUUGAGAGACUAGAUCGGCAUUUCAGCACUGACAACCUCAUUGCCGAUAGUGCGAGAAUAUUUCAUCAGACCUUCGAGAAGAGCGACAAUGCACAGAUGUCCCUGGAUGAUGAAUUUCCGGACAAAUCAGACGACAAAUUCAGGGGUGCGAUCAUCGAUAUCCCAAAAUCCAAACAGAGGAGGAAGGGGAGUCCCGGUAAAUCCGAUGACGCAGACAUGUUCUGGUACCUCGGGACUAAUCGGGACAUGUGGGCUAUCCUGAGAGGAAUGCGGACAGAACAGAUGGCAAAGAAGAGGAUCGUUUGGCUUCCAUAUCCCAACAAAGAAACAGCUCUGCUCUGCUAUCUCGGAAGUCCAGAAUCUCAACACGAUGCCAUGAUGGACUUCUUUGAUAGGCAUUACAGCUACGAGCACUACUUCUUCGAUGACACCAUCGCUGUUCAAAACAUCUGGGAGACUGAGCUUCACCUACCUUUCUACCAGCUUCUCGGAAACGAAAGCAAUUCUGGAAGAGAAACAGGCUUCCUACCACAGCAGCAAGAGAUCACUUCUCCGGCGCUUUCAGGGAAAAGGAUCGUCCGCGCAACCAUCGGAUUCCGGUUCCUUGGUGACUUUCUGGACCGCUACUGGACAUGUCACGUUGUCGAGUGCAUUCCUGGUCAACGCUACGACGGCCAAAAUUUGGGGGAAAGAACAGCUCGACUGACAAGCGGAGUGGGAACGUGGAAGCAGCGAAAGGCUCUCGAACUGGUGCUUUUCGACAUAAUCAUAUCGGAGAUACUGAAUGGCGUCACCGAUAUAUUGCAAGCGCUGUUUGUUCGUGAGACGCGCCAGGUUUCUCUUUCCGGGUUUUCCCGUAAUGAUUAUCUCAUCUUGCAGGACCGUUCCCAAUCCCAACGGUAUAUUCUGCAAGUCCUGGAGGAGGACCUCAAAGAGACCCUUGAGCAGAUCGAGAGCUGGAAAAAUAGAGAGGCCGACCGAAGCCAAGAAAGACCCCGUUGGACCAAGAAUGACGAACGGAAGUACCGCGGACCCAUCAAUAAACUGCUGCGCUCCAACGAGAGGAAAAUCAGAAAGUUGAAGAACCAUCAAACACACAUUCAAUCGCUCCGAACGGAACUCUUGAAUACUCAACAACAGUUUCGGGAUGAUCUCAAUUUCCUUGGAGCAGAAGACAUCAAAUACUUCACCUACGUCACCGUUGUGUUCCUUCCGCUAGGGUUUGCCGCGAGUAUAUUCAGCAUGAGUGAAGCUCCGCCUGGUAUUGUGCUCAUCAGCAUGGUGGUGACUGCGGUGGCCGCGCUUGCCCUGACAAUCUUGGCACUAGUCAGUGCGAAGGGUAUUGCCGGCUUCGUUUCUGCCAUCUCUCACGGAUUCCGUGAAUUGAUUAGGAGCAUCACUGCCAAUAGUGUCUUGUACCAACAUUACCACCAUCAAAAUGGACAAUCUUCAACUACUACCAACUUUGUAGUAGACCAAGGUGGAGCAGUUGACACGAACCAGAUUCUUUCAAAGAUUGCACAUGGUCUGUGGUUGUGCUGGUUUUGGGUUGCGUACAUCACCCAGGAACUCCCAGGUCGUCAGUUUGAGAUGAUGUAUAGGUCAUGGAAGUUGAAAAUACCAAGUAUGGGAGAGAGCUCGGACCACUCAACCUUUACGCGAUGGGUAAUAUCCGCUUUGAAUACAGCAGUAUGGUUACUUCAGGUCCCGCUGAAACUUGGAAUUCUCUUUGCCGUCACGCUGACUGGCUCGAUAUGUUGGCUGGCCAUUGGGUUGAAACGGCUCUACUCAAUCCUCAAGUACCCGUUGGCAUUCACGAUAGCUGUGGUCUUUGCGCCUGUAUUUGCCAUUUCUUAUGUCGUCAACCUGAUCUGGCUCAACAUUUAUGACACAGCUUUAUGGAGUGCGAGGAAACAAUCCACAGAAAGCAAGGAAGAUGCUUCAGAGCAAUCUUUGCCGAAAGAGCAAGCUGAGGAAGCCCCAGCGAGAGUCUCCACACAACGGAGUUCCCGCUCAGAAUCAGAGAAGACUAUACAUCAUGAAGAACCUCUCGAACGGUUCCUCAUCUACUCCAAGGCUGCACGUCCAUUCCAGAAGUAUGUACCAAAGGAAAGGCCAGAGGCAGAAGAUUCAGGCGAUGGAGACAACGCUACGGACAUACGAAAGGCCAUGCGGAAUGUAUUUGGCAAACCACCUGCCUGGCCAGAGAGGAAGACGGCAUUCGGUCCAUUCAGUGUUUAG